UCUCGGUGGCAUUUCCUUCACCAUAUCCCCACCCUCUCUCUUUCUCUCUGUCUCUCUCUGGCGUGAGGAUAUUAUUAAUACCCCCAUCCCUUCUCCCAACUUUCUCCAACCCAAAAGAAAAAAGCAAGACAAUUUUUCACGAGCCUUCUUCUAAUCUUUCCCUUUAAUAUUUGAUCUUUCUUUCUUUGUAACUAUAACUUCAAACUAUGAUUAUGAGCUUUUGCAGAAAGAGCGUUCACUACUCUUUUCUUGCCCUCACCACCUCCAUAGACACCACUACUUCUACCACCAACACCGACAAACUCCCUUUCGGAUGUCAACCCUACCACCACCAGUACCAUAUUUCUUCUUCCCUUCCAGGAGGGUUAGGUUUAACCAGUGCGAUCGACGGUGAUAUCCAACGUUUGCCCAACGUUAUUGAAUCUCCGUCGGUUAAAUCUAACCCGCCUUCUUCUCCUGAAUAUAUUUUUACUACUCCUCCCAGAAAAGAGCCUGGCGGGAUGGGUUUUAUCGAUGAUAUGGGAGGCGGAGUGGACGGGUUGAUGUCGUGCACUGAAAGUCUAGGCUUUGAGAGCUCCGACGAGAGGCGGUUUGACGACAAGAUUGAGGAGGCAAUGAUUGAUCAGAAUGAUGGUAAUCAUGAUAGCUUUCAAAGGAGUACGACGAAGAAACUGAGAUGGAAGAAAGAGGGUGUGGAAGUCAAGAAGUUUCCACCGCCUCUUUCGUCGUUGAGCCCGAACGGCCAGCGGAAUUUCUUUCUCCGUGCAGUAAGGAAGGACGGGCGGCUUGAGCUCACCGAGGUGAGGAUCGAUAGAACCGAGAUUCUCCGGGCUUCAAGAGAAGACGGACGGUUGAGACUCCACCUCAUUAGAGACGACUAUAUCCAAGAUUCGUUAGAAGAAGAGGAGGAGGAGGAGGAGAACGUAGUACUGGAUGAAGAAAUAGAGCGAGAACAAGAUUAUGAAGAAAAAGAAAAGGAAGAAGCAGUAUUAGUAGAAGAAGAAGAAGAGCAAGCCGAAGAACAGGAAAUAGGAGAUCUAGAAGAAGUACAACAAAAAGUAAAUGGGGACGUUAAAGAAGACAGGGAAAAAGGGAGGGAGGUUGAGGAGUGGGAGUUUCCGGUGAGUGGUGAGGGGUUCAGGUGGUGUCACGAGUUAGUGAGCCACCAUGAUCAUCAUCAUCACCACCAUCAUAGUAAUCACCACCAUAACUUGCAUUAUGUAUGGAGGCAACAUUGUGUGACAACUGGAUGAGGCCAGUUUUGCAUUUUUCACGCUCAUAUAUAUGUGAGAUUACAAGAGACAAUUUCGAAUUAAUUAAGAUUUACGUUUGUGUCA